ACAUAAUAAGGACUGACCUGGCUGUCCGGCUUUCAGAUAGCCGAGCGCAGGUCGAAGAGUCCACAUACACACCGGGACAGACCCCCUGGCAGUGGGUUCCCCCUCCCGGGAGUCUGGGCAGAGGAGCUCCGCAGAGAGAGGGAGAAGGAGCCUUGUCAUCUGGCCUUUAACUCACCCCUGAUCCGACGGGAAGGCCACAGUGGAGCGCUCCACCAUGUUUUUCAGAGUCCCAAGACUGACCCCGGGCUACAUCCGGCUGCUGCAGACCCAGGCCUAUCACAAUGUGUCCGUGAUGCCUCCAGCUGAGAGGACCAUGCCCGGUAUGGCCGUGCUGCUGGGGGCCCUGGGGAUCGGGGUGUGCGGCUACAGCUCCAGGCAGUUGGCCCUCUACCACCGGCCCUCCACCCGCGUGCUGCAGUGGGUUGGCAGUCACACUGACGCCAGCAUGGUGGGCAAGAACCCCCUCCUGGAUGGAACUCGCCGGGCCAAUGCCUGUCAGGAGAUUCCGCCCCCUUCCUUUGUGGGCGCGAAAUUCCCCUAAAAAUAAAUAGCCUGUGAUUGUAGGUUGGAUUGAGGUUGGCCAGCAUCAUUGGUUGAGUCUCCGAAGCUGCCCUUUAGCACGUCUAAGAUUGUAGCUAUGAAGGCCCAUUGAACAAAUGUGGCCCAUGUGCUCUCUGAAGAUGUGUUAGUGUGGAUUUCUGACUCAACCUGUAUGUUGGCAGGAGGUCGGAAGUGAUAUGUUGUAGUAUGGAAAAUAGCGCAACACAUAAAAAAAUAAAAAACAGGUUAAAAUUC